GCAUCCACGGUAUUCCACACGUUCCAUUCGGGCUCGACCUGGGCCUACAAGUGGCUGGCCGAGCUGAAGGAGAACACCGACCAGAAUGUCGAGAUCAAGAAGAUCAAGGCAAUUUUGAUUUGCCCAUCGCUAACA